AUGCAGAGGACAACAACAAUUACAUCCCAAAUACCAAAAGCUCUGAAAAUUCAUCAGGUCAUGAGAAAAAAAGUGGGGCUGUCUGCGAUAUAUAAAGAUGGAAUUUCCCACCUACAACGGCAAGGAAGACCCUUUCGGAUGGCUUACCUGUUGCGAGCAGUUUUUUGUUCACCAGAAUACUCCAUAAGAAGAAUGGAUCAGGGAAAAUUUCUUAAUGAUUCAAAAUCAUUAUCUUUAACUAGAAUUUGGCAAAAAAAUAAACAAAAACUACGAUACAAAAGUUUUUGGACGCCGGCACCUUCUAAAGCUGAUCUGCCUCUUCUUGUUGCAGUAGCCACCGGCGAAUACGUCGUUGAAUUGACAAUUGGAUCGCAGAUUGCACAUUUGCUAUUAGACACCGGAUCGGCACUUGUUUGGUGGCAGUGCUCACCAUGCCAUUCUUGCUUUCAACAACAAGAUCUAAUGUACCGAUCAGGAUAUUCAAAAUCAUUUCAGCCCAUAACAUGUGCGUCAAGUUUUUGUGUUGCAAAUACCGCUUUUCGCAGUAUGUGCUUAUUAGAAACGGACCGCUGUGGAUAUCUAAUGAAAUAUGUAAAUGGAUGUAUAUCCAUGGGUAUUCUAGCCACUGAAAAAGUUUCAGGUGGAAAUGGUAAGUUAUCUCAUAGCAUAACCUUUGGAUGUGGGAAUACUAAUAUUGGCAGUGAUGAUGGCUUCAUGGGUUAUUUUAGCGGGAUAUUAGGAUUCCAACAUAACAACUUUUCAUUUCCAAACCAGAUAGGAGCUAGCAAAUUUUCUUUUUGUUUUGUUAGUGCUGAGUCAAAAUUUGAUGGAAGUUAUGAAAAGGAGUCGGGUAGUGCCCCUUUGUACCUCUACGAAUUUCCAACUCUUAACAAAAGUAGUACAUUUGUUGUGAACAUAGAAGAGUUAGAUACAGAAGGUCAUCACUUUGUGGAUUUCAGGGGCAUAAAAAUCGAUGGUAUGAUGAUUCCCAUCGAUCCUAAGUAUUGGAAAAGAGCGGAAGGUAAAUACGGUGUGACUGUGGACAGCGGAACAGUAGGUACAAACUUUCCAAAGGCUGUGUACGAUGAGGUCCGCAAAUGGUUCAUAAUGAGUGUGGCGGAUGAUAUGACACCAUUUGCAUCAUACGACUCGGACACCUGUUUCUAUUCACCGUUCAGCACCCCUGUGGAUUACAUUCCAACGGUGUCUUUGUGCCUAGGAAGCAAUGAUAGAGAGCUUCAACUUAGACCAGAGAAUAUUAUGGUUUCAAGGGGAAACGAUACGUAUUGCUUUGCGUUUAGUCAUUUUGAGUAUCAAGACGUAACUCUCUUAGGCAGUCAUCAACUGCAGAAAACAAGGUUGUCUUAUGAUAUAUUGGGAAGGAUAAUCAAAUUCACUCCAGAUGACUGUUAA